UCAGCAUCUGUGACGAAAAAACAAGCAAAAAAAAUCCAUAUUUUAACUGAAUCGACUGGAAACUGAACUUCUGGGAUUUGGGAGGCAAAGACAAAAGAAGAUAUUUUUCUGUUUUUUGUUCUUUUUUUCCGUCUUCUUCACAAGUCAGAUGCGGGGUCGUUGGACGUGAUUGGGUUUUGGAGGACAACAGAAAAACAACAGAUUUUAUACUGUUUGGUUUUUUCCUGGACAAUGCUAAACCACAGACAGGCCAGUCGGAGCCAGAAGAAGGCCAGCCUCACACCAAGCAAGAGGUUUGGGUCAGUGACCAAACUAUUGGGAAUACUGCUGGUGUCCAAGUUUAAAAUGGAAAACGCAUUGAAACGCAGCAGAGCGAGAAGAGAGAAAGCAGGCCAAAAGUGGAGAUUUCUAGAUUUUACGACAUCAAUUACUGUCGCGUCUUUAAAGUAAGUUUGGUGCUUUUGUUGCUCUCCUGAUCUGAAUAGAGACGUACGUAUACUGGGAUCAGUGGUGUGGAAUCCUCAGUGUUUUCUGCAUCAAAACCUGCCAAACAUGAUGUGAAUGGAAACAGGACUAUUCCGCCCUUUCCAGAGGGGACACAGAUGGUGAUGUUUGGCAUGGGCUGCUUCUGGGGAGCAGAGAGGAAGUUUUGGAGAGAGAAGGGAGUUUACUCCACCCAAGUGGGCUACUCUGGCGGCUACACGCCCAACGCCACGUACGAGGAAGUGUGCACAGGCAGAACUGGACACACUGAGGUGGUGCGAGUUGUUUACCAUCCAGAGGAGAUCAGCUUCAACAGCCUGCUGAAGGUUUUCUGGGAAAGUCACGAUCCGACUCAAGGAAUGCGUCAGGGGAACGAUGUCGGGACAACGUACCGCUCUGCCAUCUACGCCUACACUCAGCAGCAGCUUGAGGAAGCGUUGGCCUCCAAGGAUCAGUACCAGAAGGGUCAGUGGGAAGAGGAGGACAACAUCAGGGGUCGGACAGAUGGAUUGCAAUUAGAGUUUUAUUUAAAGGCGAAACUGAGAUGCUGCAGAACAGGCGGUCAAAAGGAAACCAAUUCACAAAGCGAAAUGGGCCUGGCAGAGCGGCUCACUGAGACAAAAGAGAUAACCACAAAACAGCCUUCACCAGGGACAAAUGCAGCAGAAAAAAGCUGCAAACAAAAAAUGUUGCAAUCACAGAAAAUAGAAACAAAAAAUACCGCAUAUAGCAAGAGCAACAGCAAGUGUGAAACUUUGCUCCACAAAAGUCCUCCAUACCACUAGGGGAGUGUUUCUCAAACUUUUUCAGGCCAAGGACCAACAAACACUCACGGACCGCCUAAUUGCCCCGCAGUCACACAACAUCUUAAUAUAUACAACCUGAAAUGAAAA